AGUGAUCAUACUUAAUCGUUAACAAACAGUCGAUCGGCUUGGUUCAAAGCUGACACGUCAUUAUAGAGGAAGUAUAACCAAGUAACGCUGAGAUGAAUUUGGAGGAGUACUUGGAACGAGUUGGGUUCUGUGAUCCACACGAUAAACUGGAUCUUCCAACACUGUCUUCGAUCCACAGACAUCACGUCUUGGCGAUUCCUUUUGAAAACCUCAGCAUUCACUGCGGUGAGAAGCUCAUCAUCGACCUUGAGGUGAUUUUUGACAAGCUGGUGAGGAGCCGGCGUGGAGGCUGGUGCUUCGAGAAUAACUUCCUGUUUGCCUGGGUGCUGAAAGAACUCGGGUACAACAUGACUACUUUGGGAUCCCGAAUUUUCAGCAGUUCCCUCAAUGACUUUGAUACCGCAGAAUCUCACCUCAUCAACAUGGUCGUUAUUGAAGGGAAGAAAUACUUAGCAGAUGUCGGCUUCGGGGUGUCUUAUCAACUACGGGAGCCCUUAGAGUUAGUCUCUGGAAAGGAUCAACCUCAGGCAGGGGGUGUCUUCCGUCUAAUAGACACCGGGGACGUGUGGGUGCUGGAGAAGACGGGGAGAAAACCCAAGAUUCUCAAUCCAGAGUUUGCCUCAUCAAGUCUGCUGGAAAAGAAGCUGACAAAGCAAAUUUACUGCUUCUCUUUGCUGCCCCGUAAGGUGGAUCACUUCUUUGAAAUAAAUGAAGAACUUCAGACGGGAUCUGAUUCACUUUUCACAAAUAAGUCUAUCUGCUCCUUACAAAUGCCCAAAGGAUUCCACGCCCUCGUAGGCUGGAUUUACAGUGAGGUCACCUACAACCCUGAGGAAGGUGUUGAUACGUACGACAUGAAGGAAAUACCAGAUGAAGAAAUAGAGCAAAUUUUGAGUGAGAAAUUCAAUGUAAAGUUGCCAAACAAGUUCCAGCCUAUGAACAACAGAGUAAUUUACACUCUGUGAAAAUCUCAAAUGAUCAGUGCUCAUUUAUGAAUAGGGAUGGGGAUUGAGAAGUGGGAUUAAACUGGAAUUAGUUCCUGAUUGCUCAGAAUCAAAGUAUCAUUAAGUGUCCUACUAAUUAAGCUUCUAUUAAUGUGUUGCCUAAAAAUAUAAGAUUUUCCUGACGCAAUGUCAUUUGCUUCUCAUGCAUUUUGACAUGACCAUUAUUAGCAAUCUAAUCUGCAUUUCUAGACUCCCAGAAAUGAUUGAUGGAUUUGCCCUGUCCUCAUCAAUGCAUUUUACAUUAUGGCUGUUAUGCGUAACCAAAAGAUUAAUUCAGUCAUGUCUGAUCUUAAAAAAAGAGUAAAAAAAAUGCAAAUUUGGCAGCAGCUGCACCAUG